AUGGAGAACAAUAUGUCACAGAGAGGUUAUAAUCAAAUGAUGGAAUUGUUGAAAGAGGCUUUACUUGAAGAUAACAUGGUUCUUGAUAGCUAUUAUCAGACCAAGAAGCUAGUCCGUAGCUUGGGUUUGCCAGUUGAAAAAAUUGAUUGUUGUGAAUCAGGAUGUAUGUUAUAUUGGGGUGAUGAUGAACACCUUACAUGUUGUACAUUCUGUGGCCAUGAGAGAUACAAGCAUCGUGUCGGCUCUCGUAAAAUGAAAUUGGUCCCUUAUAAGAAAAUGUAUUAUUUUCCUUUGAUUCCUAGAUUGCAAAGAUUAUAUGCAUCCCCUGCUACUACUGCUGACAUGAGAUGGCAUCAUGAGCAUACAAAAGAGGAUGGUGUAAUGCGUCAUCCAUCAGACUCUGAGGCUUGGAAGCACUUCAAUGAAAGUCAUCAUUUUUUUGCUGUGGAACCAAGAAAUGUAAGAUUGGGGUUAUGUACUGAUGGUUUCCAACCAUUUAGUCAGUCUGGGAGUAAAUACUCUUCAUGGCCAGUGAUUGUCACUCCUUACAAUUUACCUCCAAGGAUGUGUAUGAAAGAGGCUUAUAUGUUCUUAACAGUUAUUGUUCCAGGGCCAACCAAUCCCAAACAUAAAAUUGAUGUUUAUUUGCAGCCUCUGAUAAAAGAACUGACUUUGUUGUGGGAGACAGGUGUGGAAGCAUUUGACAUCUCAAAAAAGCAGAACUUUCAACUAAGGGCAGCUUUAAUGUGGACAAUUAGUGACUUUCCAGCAUAUUCUAUGUUAUCCGGAUGGAGUACUACUGGUAAUUUAGCAUGUCCCUAUUGUAUGGAGGAAACACAAUCCUUUAGAUUAAAACAUGGUAGAAAAACAUCAUGGUUUGAUUGCCAUAGGAUGUUUCUCGACCAAAAUCACCCAUUUAGGAGAGAUCGUAAAAACUUUUGUAAAGGCAAGACUGUCCAAAGAUCAUCACCACCCUAUAGAACAGGAGCAGAAUUAUUGAACCAAAUUUGUGACUUGGGCAUAAGGAAAGUAACAGAGUUAGAUGCAAACGAAGUUAAUCGAAGAUUAUGCAAGUCUUGUGGAUGGAAAAAGAAAAGCAUCUUUUGGGAUUUGCCUUAUUGGAGUUCUAACAUGAUUCGACGUAAUCUUGAUGUCAUGCAUAUUGAGAAAAAUGUCUUUGAUAAUGUGUUUAACACAGUUCUUAAUUUUGAUGACAAAACCAAAGACAAUCCACAAUCACGUCAAGAUAUGGUAGAAUAUUGUGAUCGACCUCAAUUGGCAAAAGACAGUAGUGGAAAAUAUCCCAAAGUUGUAUAUACAAUAGACAAGGAAACAAGAGCUAUCUUGUUCAAUUGGGUGAAAGGCUUAAGGUUUCCAGAUGGGUAUGUUUCCAAUUUGGGUAGAUGUCCAGACACAAAUGCGAAAAGGAUAUUUGGCAUGAAAAGUCACAAUUGUCAUGUGUUCAUGCAAUGA